UUUACUUCGUUUCUGCUGUUGGGUGUCGGCGUUGGGCCGGUUUUGACGUCACACGUAGUAGUAGUCUCCAGUUGACCACAUGCAGUAGCUUUCAUGAUAAGGGAAGAAUAUCACCCCGAUUUGAGAUCAAAGUACACAAUUUCUCUGGAUGCUGAGUUUAAAAAAACAAACAAACAAAAAAAGAACAACACAACAAAACAGACUUCUGUGGGGAAGAAAUAUAUCUGUUUCCAUAGAAAAGAGAACUCCUUUUCUUUUUUCCCCAUCUAGAGAUGGAUAAUGACUGUGCAAAUCCUAAAGUGCUGUAAUCAUAUGUCUUUUCUAACUUCUUGUAUUGCAGGUUGAAGCUUGCGUUGCAGUCCUUGUUACGGAUGCGUGAAGGUUGCUGUUAUAUAGCUGUGCCUUAACCAAAGGCAUCUUUUUUUUGAUGUCCCCUUCUGAAUGUGGUAGGAUAUACCUAGUAAUAGCUAGAGAAAUACUUGAUCAUGCGUCAUGUCCUGAGAUAGCUACGCAGAAGGGAAAUUUUAGAAAAGUGAAGCUGGAAGAUCUCUAGUCAAGAGAAGUGUAAACAUGUUGUGCUGGGGAAAUGCAUCUUUUGGACAGCUUGGAUUGGGUGGAAUUGAUGAAGAGAUUGUUUUAGAACCCCGAAAAAGUGGCUUUUUCUUAAAUAAAAGAGUCCGAGAUGUGGGAUGUGGACUCAGACAUACUGUUUUUGUCCUGGAUGAUGGAACUGUUUAUACAUGUGGAUGCAAUGAUCUAGGACAACUAGGGCACGAAAAAGCCAGGAAAAGACCCGAGCAUGUUGGUGCACUGGAUGCCCAAAAUAUAGUAGCUGUAUCAUGUGGAGAAGCUCACACGCUUGCGUUAAAUGACAAGGGUCAGGUAUAUGCUUGGGGUCUGGCUACUGAUGGACAGCUUGGCUUGCCUGGAACAGAGGAGUGCAUCCGAGUGCCCAGAAAUAUUAAAAGCUUAUCAGAGAUCCAAAUUGUGCAAGUUGCUUGUGGUUAUUAUCACUCACUUGCGCUCUCCAAAGGAAGUGAAGUGUUUUCCUGGGGACAAAAUAAAUAUGGCCAACUGGGUUUAGGUUAUGAAUAUAAAAAACAAACAUCGCCGCAUGUAAUUAAGUCUCUGCUGGGAAUCCCUUUUGCACAGAUUGCAGCAGGAGGAGCUCAUAGUCUUGUACUAACUCUUUCUGGAGCCAUUUUUGGAUGGGGACGCAACAAAUUUGGGCAGCUGGGUCUUAAUGAUGAUAAUGACAGAUAUGUUCCUACCCUGCUAAAAUCGUUGAGAACUCAGAAAGUUGUUCAUAUAUGUUGUGGAGAAGAUCAUACUGCUGCUCUUACAAAGGAAGGUGGGGUUUUUACAUUUGGAGCUGGAGGCUAUGGUCAGUUGGGUCAUAACUCUACCAGCCAUGAAAUAAACCCAAGGAAAGUUUUUGAACUUAUGGGAAGUGUUGUCACACAAAUCACGUGCGGAAGGCAGCACACUACUGCAUUUGUUCCUUCAUCUGGAAGAAUAUAUUCUUUUGGACUCGGAGGUAAUGGGCAAUUAGGUACGGGAACAACAAGUAAUAGGAAAAGUCCCUUCACAGUGAAAGGAAACUGGCUUCCUUACAGUAAUCAGUGCCCACUAACCACAGGCAGUGAGGAAUACUUCUGCGUAAAGAGGAUUUUUUCUGGUGGAGACCAAAGUUUUGCACACUACUUUAAUCCACAGAACAUGGUGCCACCAGAUGAUUUCAGGUAUCCUGACUUUUUGAAGCAGAUCUGGACUGUGAAUGAAACAUUUAUUCAGAGAUUGUUGACUUUCCCAUCUGGAAGACUUCCUGCAGAGAUAGCUAAUGAGAUCGAUGGAACGUUUUCCUCAGCUGGGUGCCUGAAUGGGAGCUUUUUGGCUUUGAGCAACGAUGAUCAUUACAAAACCAGCGUUAGAUUCUCAGGGGUUGAUAUGAAUGCUGCUAGACUGCUAUUUCACAAACUUAUACAGCCUGACCAUGCUCAUAUAUCGCAACAGGUUGCAGCUAGUUUGGAAAAGAACCUUAUUCCCAAAUUGACGAGCUCCUUACCAGAUGUUGAAGCCUUGAGGCUGUAUCUCACUCUACCGGAGUGCCCACUGAUGAGUGAUGCAAACAAUUUUACAACAUUAGCUAUUCCUUUUGGAACAGCUAUUCUGAACCUAGAAAAAGCUCCCCUGAAAGUUCUUGAAAAUUGGUGGUCUGUACUUGAACCUCCAUUGUUCCUCAAGGUAGUGGAACUCUACAAGGAUGUCGUAGUCCACCUCUUGAAGUUGUACAAGAUUGGCCUCCCUACUUCUGAAAGAAGAGUAUUUACCAGUUUUCUACACACUGCUUUCAGAGUUCUGGAAAUUUUGCAUAAAGUAAAUGAAAGAGGACAAGUUAUACAGUAUGACAGAUUUUAUAUUCAUGAGAUACAAGAUUUGAUAGAUAUCAGAAAUGACUAUUUCAACUGGGUCCAGCAGCAGGUAUUUGGAAUGGAUGUCAACCAUGGAUUAACUGAGCUAACAGAUAUUCCUGUUACAAUUUGCACAUACCCAUUUGUAUUUGAUGCCCAGGCAAAGACAACUCUCUUGCAAACAGAUGCAGUCAUUCAGAUGCAGAUGGCUGUUGAUCAGGCUCACAGGCAGAAUUUAUCCUCUCUCUUUCUACCAGUAUUUGAAUCUGUCAACCCUUGCCUAAUCUUAAUGGUGCGAAGAGACAAUAUUGUAGGAGAUGCAGUGGAAGUCCUAAGGAAAACCAAGAACGUAGACUACAAGAAACCGCUCAAGGUUAUUUUUGUAGGGGAAGAAGCUGUUGAUGCUGGAGGUGUUCGCAAAGAAUUUUUUUUGCUUAUCAUGAGAGAGUUGCUAGAUCCCAAAUAUGGAAUGUUCAGGUAUUAUGAAGAGUCCAGGCUCAUCUGGUUCUCUGAUAAGACCUUCGAAGACAGUGACUUGUUUCAUUUGAUUGGCGUUGUCUGUGGGCUAGCAAUAUAUAAUUUUACUAUUGUAGACCUUCAUUUCCCAUUGGCUUUGUACAAAAAGCUGUUGAAUAAAAAGCCAUCCCUGGAUGACUUAAAAGAGUUGAUGCCAGAUGUUGGCAGGGGUAUGCAACAGUUACUGGACUAUCCGGAAGAUGACAUAGAGGAAGCAUUUUGUCUUAAUUUUACUAUCACUGUGGAAAAUUUUGGUACAACAGAAAUCAAAGAGCUUGUUCCUAAUGGUGCUGACAUUCCUGUAGUAAAACAAAAUAGGCAAGAUUUUGUAGAUGCCUAUGUGGAUUACAUCUUCAAUAAAUCUGUGGCUUCCUUAUUCAGUGCAUUCCACGCAGGCUUCCACAAAGUGUGCGGAGGCAAAGUUCUUCAGCUCUUCCAGCCCAGCGAGUUGCAGGCAAUGGUGAUUGGGAACACAAAUUAUGACUGGAAGGAGUUGGAGAAGAAUACAGAAUACAAAGGAGAGUACUGGGCAGACCAUCCUACAAUUAAAAUAUUCUGGGAGGUUUUUCAUGAGUUGUCCUUGGAGAAGAAAAAACAGUUUCUAUUGUUUCUGACAGGCAGUGAUCGUAUUCCAAUUCUUGGAAUGAAGUGUCUUAAACUAGUCAUCCAACCAACGGGAGGUGGAGAAGGUUAUCUUCCGGUAGCUCACACUUGCUUUAAUCUUCUUGAUCUUCCAAAAUACACAGAUAAAGAAACCCUAAAAUCUAAGCUGAUCCAGGCUAUAGAUCACUAUGAAGGUUUCAGUUUAGUAUAACUUCAGAAAUGAGAGUUCUGUGUAAUGUGGGAUCAUUAAACUAACUUUCUUUUGUCUUUCUUGUGGUGGUAAAUUCAGUGGAUUAAAUGAUGGAGAUGAUAAUAUAACUGAUUAUUUGCAAAAUGUUCAGUGGUGUGGAUAUUCAUGGGAGCCAAAAAA